AUGGCUAGUCCUCCCGUUCUAGCUUUCGAUGCCGAGGGCCGUCCGGUGAAGUUCGAAACCUGGCUAGAUGACCUGCACCUGUUCUUACAGCUCACUGCCAAGGAAGAUAUCUCACUGUACGACCACGCCCUAGGCCAUGCCACUGCCCCUGACUCGUCUGCUGACAGCACUCUGCGUUCCCAGUGGCAGACCCGUGAUGCGCACGCUCGCUUUGCUAUUCGCAACUCCCUGCCGCUAGACGAGCGCGAGCACUUCGGCCAGUGCAAGACUGCUAAGGACCUCUACACAGCUGUAGUUGCCCGCUACUCCUCACCUGCUUCUGCCACGCUAGGCCGCCUCACUCUCCCCUACCUGUUCCCCGACCUAGCCUCCUUUCACACUGUCGCAGACCUCAUCACCCACCUUAAGACUAGUGAGGCCCGCUUUCGCGCUGCUAUGCCUGCCGAGUUUCUCACUAGCAACCCCCCCCCGCUCUGGAUCACUCUCUACCACAUCGUCACCCGCCUCCCUGACUCUCUGCGCGCUGUCAGGGACCACUUCCUCUCUCGCUCCCCCACUGAGCUCACUGUUGCCCUCCUCGAGAAGGAACUGCUUGCAGCUGAGGCGAGUAUUGUAGCUGUAGGCACCUCUCGUGGCGACCCCCGCACCCCGUUCUUUGAGGGGUGUUCCCCUUCCCCCCUCCUCCCCUCUGUCGCCUCUGCUGCUGCUGUCGACCUCCUCGGUGCUGAGAAGGUCGGGACCGCGUCUGCUUCGAGCGGGCGCCGCAGGAACAAGGGGGGCAGGGGUGGGGGUGGCGGCGGAGGAGGUGGGGGUGGAGGCGGUGGGAGUGGAGGCGCGGCUGAGGAGGCCGGUGGCGGCAGUGGGGGAGGAGACAGCAGCGGCGGGAGUGGUGGCAGGGGCGGAGGCGGCAGCGGGGGCGGAGGUGGUCGUGGUGGCGGCAGGGGUGGAGGUGGCCGGGGCGGAGGCGGUGGGGGUGGUGGUCGUGGAGGCACUGGCGGAGGGCAGAGUCAGCAGCCCGCCCCGACGCUUCAGGCCGCCCGUGAGUGGUAUGCGCAGCGUGGGGUUACCUGCACGUACGUUAUUCGCACAGGUGACCGCAGCGGCCAGCAGUGUGGGAGGCCGCACCCCACGCAGCGCUGCUUCGCGCGCCUUAACGACACGUGGCGCACCCAGUUUCCUAGUGCCACUGACCUGCCGCGCUGGGCUGAGCUGGAAAAGAGGGGUGUUGAUAUUUGGGCUCUAGACUUUGAUGCUAUUCUCACUGCCAUGUAUGCGAUGUCUAUUAGUGGAGAGGGUGCUCAGUACUUGCGUGUUCCGCCCGACCCGGGCAUUCAGGCCAGUCCGGCUGCCGCUCUAGGUGCUAGUGCGUCCGCUCCCACAGGUCCUGGUGAGGCUGCUGCCCUAGGUGCUAGUGCGUCUGUGCCCCCUGGUACUGAGUCGACUGCAGCACUGCACACCUUCACACUGGACUCAGGUGCUUCUCGCUCUUUCUUUCGUGACCGCACUGUCCUUGAGCCACUCGCUCGGCCAGUUGCGGUCUCCCUUGCUGACCCCUCUGGGUCUCGACCUCCUCCACUGUCCUUCCUUGUCCGGCGGUCCCGUCCGGCACGCUGUCAGGUCUCUACCUCCCCUCGUUCUCUACGAACUUGGUGGCAGGUAGUGCACUCCAGGACGGGGGUGUUCACCAGUUCACCCCUGCCUACGAGCGCGUGA